AUGGGCAGAUCGGGACCGACUUGUUUUUUGUGUACAGCUAGGGUCCCGCACGGUCUCCAACCUCCAGCGAAGAAAUUUCGGUCAGGUCCAUUAGGAAGCGGACCUGGAAGUGAGGCCGACUUUGAUUUUAAUAAAAUGUUAACACAGUUCGAUGGAAACAACAAUGAUGACACAGAAGAAAUAUUUGAUAUUUCAAGAGAUUUUAAUGAUUCUACAAAUACAAUUGAAAAUCAAUCUCAACCAUUCAGCAAUAAUAAUGGUCAAACACCACCUCAACAAUUAAAUUCAAAUCAAUCGUCGGUCAAUCAGCAAAACUUAUUUCCAUCAACAAUUAAUGGAAAUUCUUCUUCUCCGACCGUCACAAUGAUAACAAAUACAAAUACUGGAGGUAGUAAUACUAACCAACAACAAAUGUAUUUGACAAAUGCACAAACUGCACGUUCAAUUACAAUUGGAUCUAAUCAACAUUUAGCGUAUAUUAAUAGACAACAACCACAAACAAUGCAAAAUCAGAAUACAUCGGCGAAUACUAAUCUGAAUAUGAAUUCAUUUCAAACACCAAAUUUACAACGAAUUCAUACAAUUCCAGGUACAGGACAAACGAUUGUAAGAACAACAAAUGUUAUUUCAAAUGGAGUGCCGGCCAAUUAUCAGACAAUACAAGCCAGUAUACAACAGCAACAACAACAUCAACACAUGGCUAUUAAUAGAAAUCAAGCACUUCACCGAAUGGGAUGUGCACCCGGUCAACAAAAUAUGCAAUAUACAAUUUCGAGACAAGCAACACCAGGAGCAGUAGCCAUACAACAACAACAACAACAAGCAAAUAUGGUUAAUAUGAACCAAAAUGUUACACAAAUGAAUAUUGUAAAGUCCAAUGAUGUAUUUAUGUCAAAUCAACAAUCUGUUGGUCUUGGCAUGCCGAAAACAGUGAAUAAUAACACAUCAGUGGCUGUUACAAAAGUUUUACCGUCUAUAAAUCAACAACAAGUGAACAAUUUUCAGAUUCAUCAACAACAAGGACAAAUUCAAGUUCAACCGACACAACAACCAAAUCAACUGACAGUUAACACAGGAAAUAUGAAUCCAACUCGGGCGCAAAUGAUUGAUUCAUCCAAUCAAAAUGUAUCAUCUGUUGCACAAUCAAAUGCUUCUGCAACUUUAUACGUAACGAAUCCGCACACAAUUUUAGCAAAUUCAAAUGCUACACUUAACACAAAUUCUUCAGGGUCUGGAAUUGCAACUAUUGCAAACUCUAACAACGGAAUUCAAACUUCGAUGUUAUCCGCUAACGGCAAUACGAAUAAUAAUUUAAUAAGUGGUACAAAUCAAAUAAAAAAUCAGAAUUCAUUGCUGACACCACCACCGCAACAACAUACCGAAGUGCAGCGAAAACAGUUUAUUCAGAAACAACUUGUUUUACUGUUACAUGCACACAAGUGUCAACAACGUGAAAAACAAAGUUUGAAUGGUGAACAACGAUCAAAUGGUUGUACAUUGCCACAUUGUAGUACCAUGAAGAAUGUUUUACAGCACAUGACAAAAUGUAACGAUCAUAAAACGUGUCCGACUAAAGAAUGGCAAAAACGUGUUACUCAGGAAAUGAGAAAUCAUCUUGUUCAAAAAAUCAUUUCAGCUUUGAUACCAACAACAGACUCGAAUGCAUUAAGAGAUAAACGUAUGAUUAACUUAGCAAACUAUGCUCGACGUGUAGAAAGUGAAACAUUUGAAAUUGCCAAUAAUCAAGAAGAAUAUUUUCAUAAACUAGCCGAAAAAAUUUAUAAAAUUCAAAAAGAACUUGAAGAUCGUCGAGAAAAAAAACGGUUACAAGAUUUACAAACAUUACAGAACGCGAACAGCAUGAUGCAAGGUACACAUGUUGACAUGACUUCAUCAUCUCUCGGUUCAAUCGAUAAAUCAGCGGGUGAACAUGGACCGCCAAAUCGAAUAGCACCACAAUCAGAAAUUCCAUCAUUUUCGUCCUCUAACAUAUUGAAUCACGAGCAUCUUGUACAGCAGAUAAAAAAUGAACCACUAAUGACGCUCAGUAAUACGUCGACUACACGUCCUAAUAAUUUUUCACAAGAUAGUUUGGGUUCAUUAUUAAAUAAUACCGGUCACGAUAUGAUAGAUAAUCCCAAUAAUCGUUCGGACACAAAUAAUAACCAUAUGUUUUCGUCCGAUCCAUUAGGAUCUACACGUUUUAAAGCCGAACCAAUAUCCCCAAAACAACAGCAAUUAUUAACAGCAAAUAACGGCAGAGAAUUGAUGCCGGUUAAAAAAGAAGAACACGAUGAUUUUCCUAUACCCAAAAGAUCUUCAACACCACCAACAGGAGUAAAAUCGGAAUUAUCAGAAUAUUCAAAACCCAAACUCCCUCAAAUUGAGUCAACAAGUAAACAACUGCCGAAGUAUCCAGUGACAUUCACGCCAGAAGAGCUACGCUUACGACUUGAACCUGUCAUUCAAAAAUUGUUAACAUAUGAGGAUUCACAUCCAUUCAGACAACCGGUUGAUCCUGUAGCACUAAAUAUUCUGGAUUACCCUUCGAUUAUCAAACAUCCAAUGGAUAUCUCCACAAUCAGUAACAAAUUAAUAAAUGGUGAAUAUGAGAACCCGCUUCAGUUUGUUGACGACAUGUGGCUCAUGUUUAAUAAUGCAUGGUUGUAUAAUAAAAAGACGACAAAGGUUUAUAAAAUGGGAUCAAAACUUUCUGAUCUGUUUACGGAAGCUGUUGAUCCUGUUAUGCAAUCAAUGGGCUAUUGUUGUGGUCGACAAUUUGUCUUCUUGCCACAAGUCAUGUUUUGUUAUGGAAAUCAGUUGUGUUGUCAAAUCCCACGCGAUGGGGCCUAUUACUAUUACAACAAUCCUGAACCAUCGCGAGCAAAUUUGUCUGGUGAUAAGUACACAUUUUGUAACAAAUGCUUCGACUCUGUCAAAGGUGAAAUGAUUUGUGUUGGGGAUGAUCCGGCUCAACCGUUGAUUGAAUUGCGAAAAUGUGAUUUUACACCAGCUAAAAAUGAUGCCCAAGAGCCCGAGAUUAUGGUCGAUUGUAUUGUUUGUUCACGAAAAUGGCAUCAGAUUUGUGCGUUGCAUCUCGAUCAAGUGUGGCCAGAAGGUUUUGUGUGCGAGCGAUGCAUCAAAGAUUAUAACAUCAAACGAAAAGAUAACCGUUACGUCGCUCAUAAAUUGACGAUGACUGAUUUAGCUCAUCGGUUAGAGCAGCGGGUGAAUACAUUCUUACGAGCAGAAUGUCCUACUGCUGGUCGAGUGACAGUUCGAAUUCUGGCUGCCUCAGACAAGGUUUGUGAAGUGAAGCCACGGUUGAAGAAAUACUAUCAGAAUCAAGUGCCAGAUGGUUAUCCUUACCGGACAAAGGCAAUAUUUGCAUUUCAAGAGAUUGAAGGUGUUGAUGUUGUUCUAUUCGGCAUGCAUGUGCAAGAGUACGAUGGAAGAUGUCAAGCACCAAAUGCACGACGUGUGUACGUUUCCUAUUUGGACUCCGUUCAUUUUUUUCGUCCAAAGCAAUAUCGUACUGAGGUUUACCAUGAAAUUUUGAUCGGUUAUUUGGACUAUGCUAAACAAUUGGGUUAUGUGUAUGCGCAUAUUUGGGCAUGUCCGCCAAGUGAAGGAGACGACUACAUAUUUCAUUGUCAUCCACCCGAACAAAGAGUACCGAAACCAAAACGAUUACAAGAAUGGUACAAGAAGAUGCUAGAUCGAGCCAUUUUAGAGCACGUUGUGAUUGAUUACAAAGUAAGUUUGUGAAACUGUUUCCUAUAUCGGAAGAAUUUAUUUAUCAGGUAAAGGAAUUGUAACCUUGAAGAUGGACAAUAAAACUUUGCGAUAAAAAAAUAAAUCAGAUAUUUCGUUGAUAGCGAAAUGUCAGAAUUUAUUUAGAAUGCUCAAGUUGUCAGUGGGAAAUUUCGUUGUUUUGAUUGCGAGCAAAGCCCUGAUAAUAUUUUCGCCUUACUGAACUAUUUUUGUUGAAAUAGGACAUAAUGAAAGAUUGUACGGAUAAUCAAGUUCAGACAGCGAUUAAUAUUCCGUAUUU